CUUCAAACGCUUCGGCAGUCAGCUGAUUUUUGGGGAGCUUCCUGUAAUGCUUCGGUGCAGCUGUAGCAAGUCAGCAGACCCUUCAGUCUCUUAAGACCCACGUACGCUCCGGAAUCAGAAGCCCUCGAAACCCUCAACCGGCUUCAUUUUAUACUACGCUGUAUCCAAAUGGCCUCCGGGAUGGACAUCGGUCUUCUGCGCUUUAAAAGUCUAUUAUAAUGAUAACAUUGGGGAAUUACGAGUAUAAUCCGAACCAUGCUAAUUUAUUGGGUAGCGGGGCGUUUGCUUUCGUGUACAAGGGACAUGUGAAAAACAAACCGGAUGAACCAGUAGCUAUCAAAAUAAUGAAGAAAGAUACAAACAUUCCUAAAAAUAAAACCCUUUUGAGCAAGGAAAUUAGUGUUCUUAAGGACCUGAAUCAUGAAAAUAUCGUUCGGCUUUAUGAUCACGGCGUCUCCAACAACGGUGUUUAUCUGGUAAUGGAGUUUUGCAAUGGGGGUGAUUUGUCAGAAUAUUUACUGGCCAAAGAGACGCUACCGGAGGACACCAUACGCCAUUUCUUGAUUCAGAUCGGUUCCGCUAUGGAUGCUAUUAAUCGAAAAGGCUUUAUGCACAGGGAUCUCAAACCCGGAAACAUUCUUCUUAGCCAUUGUCGCAACUGUGGUCAGUCGGUGGUUGAUAUUCCCGGUCAUGUUUUAACCUUUAAACUCGAGGCCGCCUGUCGACUUCUCAGAGGCGAUGCACAGCCGAAUCCCGAUGCUUGUGCGUUAAGCAAUGUUGGCCCUAUCUUGACCAAUCCCGCUGCUUACCUCGCCCGCUACCCACGGGCCCAUCGUGGUGGAUCUCCGUCCUCAGCAGACUAUUCCGCCCCAUCCGGCAACACUGGUUAUCAUUCUCCAAAUAGGACCUCUCCGAGAAGUUUCCCCAACAACGAUAACCCUACGGUCCCUCCCCGAGUAUUUGCCAAACCCCCAAACCAUCCGUCCUCUAACCGCGGAACUCCAAUCGAUGCUACCCUUCCGCAUCAGCCCCGAGUUACCCCACAGGGACGUCCUUCUCCGGCAUCGAGCCCGAUUGGGUCUCAUCCAGUUGCAUCGAGCGCGAACCACCAUGAUAUCGCUCGUCGGAUACAGCCCAAAUCACUAGAACCAGAUACUUUCAGUCCCCUGAUCCAUCAAGAGAGACUAGUUCCUGGAGCACCAGUUGGUCGUUUACAAGACAACCCUCACUUCAGGGGCGAUGUCGCUGAUGUCACCAUAUGUCCCGGCGAAUACCAGCACACCACUGGAGACACGCGUCGAAGGCCGCAGUCUGGAACUGGCACUAUGGAUCAAGGUUUAAAUGCUCCCCAUGUCCUUGCCGCUGUUGGUAUGUGGGCCGCCAAUGAGUUCUGCGAUGAACAGCUCAUGGAUCCUGAACACAACGAGGAAAUCAAAACGAUAACAAUGGUACUAGAAUUGUGCGAACUUCUCACGGAAUUGGCGGAGAGACGGGCGUCUGUAUUGGCCGAUUGCACGGUCACUACAUCAUCGACCACUUCUGCCCAUGAUAUGAACUCAGAAGUCACUCCUGAUGUCGUUGAAACAAGCACAUCAUCUCAUGGCGCCGUAUGCAAACCUGUGCAUACCAGUUCACAGGAAUCCGGCGGCGUGGACGGGUCUUCUCCUAGACCAACUGGUCUACGCUUUUUGUCUGAAGCCCAGAGGAUUGUGGAACAGAUUGUACUUUAUCGUCGUGUACUCUACUACUUGGAAUACGUUUACGUCCAAGUGAAAAAGGCCGUGGUUCGCAGGCGUCUCAAAUCAACCGCAACUUCUCGCCGGAGGCUCAAUGACUGCAAUUCUCUGUAUCAUCGAUGCUACAUACGGUUGAGACAGCUGGCUCGUCAAUCCCGCCGCGACGAUCUCAUCGAGCCCGUUGGGCGACUAUUGGCGAACAUCACUGCGAAUCGUCUGAUCUUUCAAUACGCGUUGGUCCAGUGCCAGGCCGCCGAGAUGGAUGACUACGUGGGCGACAUCGCUCAGUCUCUUCAGCGAUACAAAGCGGGAAUAACUUUACUGCAUGGGCUUCGACAACACGCCAAGUCAGCCAGAGACAAAACUGUGUUGGCCGAGUGCAUGCGGUUGUUGCACGAUCGGUACAAUGCACUUCGUGCGGCGGCGGCGAAGACACAUCAGGUUGGCUACUUUGGCGUUACAGCUCCAUUGGGAGCAUUGGGAUCCAUUCCUUUAUCUGGUCGUUCUCCCACUCCCCUGGCUGCGGAGUCCAGCAAUCUUAUCACUCCAGGUGCAGAGAAUCCCACUAUGCGCCAGGAAUCUGGGCCAGUUCCCAGCGUUCCCUACCCAUCGUCUCCUAUGCGCUAA